UUAAUAAGGAUGGAGGGCGUGAAAAAAGGCAGAUUUUGAUGGAUGAUAGAUAUCAAAAACUAGAGAGACCCUUUUUUACAAUCUUGGUAAAAUGAUGAUGCUGAGCUGAAAAAACUGGUUGCAUGAUACAAACAGUGCACAAAUUUUGCAUCAUCAUCAAGAUUUGAGAGCAAAAAAAAAACCCAUCAUCAGCAUCAUUUAUAAAAAAACGACAGCCAAACAGCUUAGAUUCAAUGCUUUACUCAAACUUCAAAAGUUGUCCAUAUUUCUUUUUUCCUUCCAAUUUCAUUUCACACACACACUCACAAUGAUAAUACCUGCAGAGACAGUGUGCAUUUCCAAUCACUCUUCCUGGCAAUUAACACUGUUUCUUUGAAAAGAAAACGUAAAGUUGACGCCUCCUCAAUGCAUCCGAAGUAUUGUUUUUCUGCCAUUGCUCUCUGCAGUCUGUCAAAACAAUUUCUCUAUUGUACCUUUUUUUGAUCAUUGAAACUCAAGUGCACCUUUUCUUUCUCUAGUAAUAAUCCUUAGAUAUCUAAAAUUUUCUGACCCCCCCCCCCCUAUUACCUACAAAUCUUCCUUUCUAGUAUUAGCCCAUUAAAUUCAGCACUGUGGAUUUGACCUGUUCUUCUUUUGUUUCUUCAAUGAGUUACUUUUCUCAGUUUAUGUUCUUUCUUCACUUUUUUGUUAUAAAGGAUUGUUAAAACUACUUUCUUGACCACUAUUCUUGAUCCAUUUGUUUUUUUGAGAGUUAUUGUUGCUGCAGUUUGAAGUAAGGAAUUACUUUUACUCUGCUACUCAGAUCAUUAAAACAAAUAGCUAUGAAAGAGAGAGGGAAAGCUGCUGUAGAUAUGGACUUCACCAACUACUCUUGCUCAUCAGAGUUUCCAUGCCAGAAACAUCCAUCUUCAUCUUCAGUUGGGAUCUGUGCUUAUUGUUUGAAAGACAGAUUGGUGAAGUUGGUUUGCUCAGAAUGUGGAGAACAGCGUUUGUCCUCAUGUUCUUGCACUUCUGAUAUGUCAUCAUCUCGCCGGAAUUCAUCAGCCACUGCAGAUGUUGGAAGUGUUGGAAGAAUGUCAUUUCUGCUUGAGAAUGACAAGACUACUGAUCUGCAGCAACAGUUUAAUCAGAAGCCUCCUAAUAGAAAGGGGGAUCAUAAUACUAAUAGUAGUAAAGGUGAAGAAGUCAUUGUGCUCAGAAGGAGUAGCAGCAGCUGUGUUGAGGUGAAGAGGCACAAUGGAUUUUGGAAGAUUAGAAGGCUUUUUAGGAAGAAGAAAGAAAAGGGUUGUGAAAAAGAUGGUGUCUUUGAUGACAAAAGUAGUGAUUUUUAUGUUCCUGAUGUUAUAAUGGGAGUUUCCAGGUCCAGGUCUCUCUGCAGUUUCAGGGGUGGUGGAUACAAUGAUACAGAUGAUAGCAGUGACUAUCGUUUUUCGAGUGCGAAAAUCUCUGAUUUUACUGGUGGCAUUUUCUUUGAUUAUGAUAAACAAUGUGGACAGAGUGGAGGAGAAUCAAGAAGAAGUGGAUACAGAGGUCCAAUGGAGGAAUCUGAAGGCAGAAAAAGUGGAUUCAGGGGAUUGUUUAAUGAAGCAGAACCAAGGAAAAGCGGUUGCAGACGUUCAUCUGAUGUUGAUAAUGGUGUUGAUAUGAAGGGCAAUAUCAGAAGAAUUGGUGGUCCGUUUGAGCUUGAUAGAGCAUAUAGUGUUCCCCACAGAAGUGUUUUCCCAGUUAAAGAAAGUGAUUUUUCUGCCAUGGAUGAUUCUGCUUUCAUUGAUUUGAAGCUGGAUUUAUCUUCUGAUUCAAAACCAGAGCUUUCUGCUGUCAAGAUCAAUGAAGUUUCAGAUUAUGGAGCAAAUGGUGGUAUCUUGAGGGGCAAUGAUGCAUUUCUCUGUGAUGGUGGAUCAUGCAGGAUUUCAGUGAAUUAUGAUAGAGGACUGAAAAGAGGGACUAACAGUUACAAAGUCUGGAAAUGGCUUUCCAGGCAUUAUUCAGGUCUCAGGAAUUCAACCAAGAAAAAUGAAAUUGCAGCUGUGAAGCCUUGAAGAAGAUGAUGAUCAGAAUCCAACAGAAAGAAAAAAGUAAAUAGACACCAUUAUCUCUCUGUACUAUUUUGUUAUAUCCAUAUGUACUGUUGCUCUUUUGCUAAUUUAUUCAACUUUGCUUCCUUUUCAGACUGUACCUUAAUUUUUCAAAUGAAAUCAGCACAUCUAACAUUUGAUUAACUGUUUGAAUUUUGAUUUGUUCGAGUGGGG